AUGGAGUCACAGGGGGCGACUGUAAGGCAAGGCCUUACGACGGGCCACAGGCAUUAGAAAUAGAGCUUGCGCGCGCCUAGCUUCUUCAGCUCUCUCUUCAUCGAGCUGACACCAGAAGCUAGGUGAGUACUGGUGUUCCCUAUCUCAGCACUAUCGUAUCUCAUCGAGCUGACACCAGAAGCUAGUUGUAAUCCAUAUAACUUGCACCUGUCAUCUUCGGUCACCAGUGAGGCUCCGCUGUCCGAGACAGCGUGCCUUUCAGCGACCCGGUGCUGGACGCCGGCGUGAUUCCGCCUGUUCCCAAUUGGACCCGGAGAAUGUUCUCGACCUGCCCGAUUACAGUCGAUUUUAUGCGGAGGUCCGGGAGGGGCUUUUUACCGGUCGCAAGUACGCCAAAGGAUAUCCCACGCAACUCCCCGUGACUGUCGAUGAGCACCCUGGGCGACUUGCACAAGGAUAUCCCACGCUAGGGAGUGGGCACCCUGGGUGGAGGUGA